UAACACACAGCAAUGGGAAUUUACAAGGGGCCUCAAAGAGUAACAGACUUUUCAAACCUGGAGAAACUCUAGUAAUCAUCGCUCUGGGAUACCUAUUUACAUAUUAUAAUUAAUAUAUUUUUAAAAGAAACCCUUUCAGAAAAAUGGGAAGAUUGGGAGCCAAAGUCAGAGGCCUUAACGCAGUUUUGUUGUUGUUUUUUUCUUUUUUAAUCAAUUGACUUAGGAACGCCCACAGCCCAGGAAAUGAUAAUCAGACCCAAGUGAUCCGCUCAGAAGGGAAGAUAAAGUAUUUUGCUCUGCAUUUCCCAUAUUAUCUCGAGUUUCAGUAAAAAAUAAAAUGAGAAGAAAUGUUUCAGAAGCCAAAUCAGCGUCCAGACUCAAACCCAAAAUCGAACCUGGGACGUCUUAUCAGUGCGAGCAGAGCAGUGGGAGGCAAAGGACAACAGCUAGUGGUGCCUCUGAACAAACGGGGCAGGGCGGGCAGGAGGCCCUCUGCCAGGGAGACCCUUCCUCGUGGCUUCGGAGAGGGGCUUGGAAAGCUCCAUUUCUCCGCGGUCUUCUCUCUCCGAGGCUGCAACUGAGAGGGACACAGCGCCUGGUAGGGGACAGAAAGCCCCGGGAAGGGAAUGCGGAGAGGGCGACCAGACGCGAGCGCGGGUGCCAGGAGGUCGAGCUUGUCCCUCGGCGCCGCUGCUGCUGUUGUCCGGGGUGCUGAAAAGCCGGGAACUUCCCCGGAGGCAGCAGCCACUUUUCUCUCAGAGGGUGGGGUGCCGGGGGUUCAGGCCACGCCUCUGCUAAGCCCACCCUGGCCCCAGGCCCGGAGGUGCCCUCCAGAUGAGGUCCUCCUUAGUCCUGUUCCGGAGAGUAGUGGAUGGGAAGGGGAGGUGAGCAUCCCCGGACACAGCAGGCGGGACCUCGGGUGCCCCUUCCCCGCCUCUCCCUGCAGCUCCACGCCGCGAUCCCCGCUCCACCUGCACUCGAACCCUCGUCGCUGGGGGACGCGGCUCCUGCAGGCAGAGCGCCGCGGCGAGCAAGGCGCGAGCGGGAGGUGCUGGGGUGUGUGUGGGGAGAGCCGCCCUAGUCCCGGGAUUGGGAAGGGGGGGCGGAGGCGAGAGGGAGCGGGGCAUGCGCAGUGGGGCGGAGGAGGUGGCGAUGGCCGGGGGAGGCGGGGGGACUGCUGUUUAUUUGCAGCUGGGCCAACUCCGCGGCGCAGGAGGCGGCAGAGCGCGGGGCGCCAGCGGCGGGUCCAGCGGCCGCCGCACCAUGCGCGAGCCCACCUCCGGGCAGCUGCUGCGCUCCGCUGGGGUCCCGGCCGGGGAGGAUGCCAGACGCCCGGGAGAGGCCAGGGCAGCUGUGGCGGUGGCGGCGCGAUGGUGGUGACAAGCUCUGCCCGAGGCGGCAGCGGGGACCGCGCGCCCUCCCGGCGGCGGGGCUGCGGACUCGCGCCGGCUGGGGCUGCGGCGCUGCUGGCCGGGGCGAGCUGCCUGUGCUACGGCCGCUCCCUGCAGGGCGAGUUCGUGCACGACGACGUGUGGGCGAUCGUGAACAACCCCGACGUGCGGCCCGGAGCCCCGCUCCGCUGGGGCAUCUUCACCAACGACUUCUGGGGCAAGGGCAUGGCCGAGAACACCAGCCACAAGUCCUACCGGCCGCUCUGCGUCCUCACCUUCAAGCUAAACAUAUUUUUGACUGGCAUGAACCCCUUCUACUUUCAUGCAGUAAAUGUAAUUUUGCACUGCCUAGUGACUCUCGUGCUGAUGUACACCUGUGACAAAACUGUCUUCAAGAACCGUGGACUUGCUUUCGUUACGGCGUUGCUUUUCGCUGUGCAUCCUGUUCACACCGAGGCGGUGGCCGGAAUUGUUGGCAGAGCUGACGUAUUAGCGUGCCUGCUCUUUCUGUUGGCCUUUCUCUCCUACAAUAGGAGUGUGGAUCAGUGUUGUGUUGGGGACUGUUUCCCUCCCACGGCUUCUCCCUUCUUCCUGCUGCUCAGUUUGUUUCUGGGGACAUGCGCGAUGCUAGUGAAAGAGACGGGCGUCACCGUGUUUGGAGUCUGCUUGGUUUAUGACCUCUUUUCCCUAUCUCACAAGCAGGAGAAAUCGAGCAAUGGGGUCAUCCAUCAGCACAGCCCACAGCAGCCUGGGAGCCCCCAGCCCUCCUCACUGCCAGCGCACCCUCUCCGGGAGAACGGGAAGCAGCAGCGGUUUUCCCACAAAGGAUCUUGGAGUGGCUGCCACUCGUCAUUGCCACCAGAACCCAAGAGCAGUGGAUUUCCGGUGUCUCCUGGAGCUGUGUGGUCCAUGAUGAGGUAUCUGACAGCAAGCAGUAAUAGAAAUUUCCUGCUUACCAUGAGGCCAUUCUUCAAAAGGGCCAUUUUGGUCAUAAGUUAUGUGAUUAUUGUUUUGUACUUCCGUCUGUGGAUAAUGGGGGGCUCCACGCCCCUCUUUUCAGAGCAGGAUAAUCCAGCUUCGUUUUCGCCUUACAUUCUUACAAGAUUCCUUACCUAUUCCUACCUCUUGGCCUUCAACGUGUGGCUUCUGCUGGCACCUGUCACCCUGUGCUAUGACUGGCAGGUUGGCAGUAUUCCCCUGGUAGAGACCCUAUGGGACACACGGAACUUAGCCACCAUCCUCCUGGCAGCUGUGAUGGCGUUACUGAGCCUUCAUUGUUUAGCAGCCUUCAAGAGACUGGAGCACAAGGAAGUUUUAGUGGGCUUGUUGUUCCUGGUCUUCCCGUUCAUUCCAGCCAGCAAUCUCUUCUUCAGGGUGGGUUUUGUGGUGGCCGAGAGAGUCCUUUACAUGCCGAGCAUGGGCUACUGCAUCCUCUUUGUGCAUGGACUGAGCAAGCUCUGCGCUUGUCUGCAUCGAUGCGGGGCCACCACCCUGACUGCGUCCACUGUGCUGCUGCUGUUGCUUUUCUCUUGGAAAACCGUAAAACAGAAUGAAAUUUGGCUGUCAAGAGAGUCCCUAUUCAGGUCUGGAGUUCAAACUCUGCCCCACAAUGCCAAGGUUCACUACAACUACGCUAAUUUCCUAAAGGACCAAGGUCGGAACAGGGAAGCGAUCUACCACUACAGAACAGCCCUCAAGUUGUAUCCACGCCAUGCAAGUGCCCUGAACAACCUUGGAACACUGAUGAGAGACACAGCAGAGGCAAAGGCGUACUAUCAGAAGGCUCUGCAGCUAAAUCCACAGCACAACCGAGCUCUUUUCAACCUUGGGAAUCUCCUUAAGUCCCAGGAGAAAAAAGAAGAGGCCAUCAGCUUACUGAAGGAUUCCAUUAAAUAUGGUCCAGAGUUUGCAGAUGCGUAUUCAAGCUUAGCUUCUUUAUUGGCCGAGCAGGAGAGAUUUAAGGAAGCUGAGGAAAUAUACCAGGCUGGAAUAAAGAAUUGUCCAGACAGCUCAGACUUACAUAACAACUAUGGAGUCUUCUUAGUUGAUACUGGCUCUCCAGAGAAGGCAGUGGCCCAUUACCAACAGGCCAUCAAACUUAGCCCAAGUCAUCACGUAGCCAUGGUGAACCUGGGGAGACUCUACAGAUCGCUGGGAGACAACAGUGUGGCUGAAGAGUGGUAUAAACGCAUUCUUCGUUCUCAAAUGGAGAAUAAUAGCCUUGCCAUUUGCACGUACCCAGACAAGGUGCUCACUGGUCUGGUACUUCAGUGGGUUCUCCAAAAGUACCAACAGAUAAGGAUAAAAUUACACAUGCAGACAGGGUUUCCUGAUGAGGUCACUAAUGUUAAACUGGACGAGAAGGGACACUAUGUGUCUGCAAGAGCUUAUUACGAGAGAGCCUUACAGCUGGUUCCAGACAGCAAACUGCUGCAGGAAAACCUCGCCAAACUGGAUCGCCUAGAAAAACGAUUACAAGAAGUUCGAGAAAAGGAUCAAACGUAGCAGCCUUUGACCUAAUCUCGAGGACAGUGCUGGUACCUCUGGAAGAGGAAAAAGUGAUGCAGGCCUUGCUUUCACAACCAGUGAAGCUUUCCCAGUUCAGGGUGGCACAUUCGGGGACAGCUGCUGGUAACCCUGCGCUGAGGGACUUGCAUUUCCAUAAAAAAAGACAAAAAGAGCAAGCAAGGGCAAGGAGGUCUAAGAGGGAAAGAAAAAAAAAAAAACUACACAUUUUAUAGAUUUUUUUUUUUUUGGCUUUAACUCCAGAGUUCUCUUCAUAUAUUUCUCCGCUUUGCAACCCAGAGAUCUGAUUCUAUUUGUUAGUUUAGACGUUUAUGUCCCCGAAACACAGCAGUUGGAAAUGCUGUGAAGGCAGAGGGAGGCGAGCAUUGCUGCUUCAUGAGAUGUGAUAUUUCAAAAAUGAUAAAUCCUCUGAGAUAAGCCAUUUGGGAAAUUUUAUCAAAAGGUAGCUCAUUUAAUGUCCUAGAACCAGAAAGGAGUAUCUAAUAGUUUUUGUGGAGCCUUCCAGAAUAUGUGGGGAAAAGGGCUAUUGUUAAGUGAGCUGGAUCUAACGUUCCCCUAAGGAUAUUGCUAGAGCCCUAUUGAGUAAUAGAUUAAAUCCCACCAUGAUGUAAGCUUUUCCCAUUGCAUCACAUAUCAAAAGAGAAGCUUCUGGUCUUGUGUAUGGAUAUUCUUAUCCCUAAGGGGAAAGCAAGGCUCUUGGUACCUCUCAUUCUUUAUGGAAAAUUUAAAAUUAUUUAAAUUUUAUUACAAGUAUUACUAGAGUAGUGGCUCUGCUCUAAGAUUUCAGAAGUGCUUUCAAAAUCAUAAAUGUUUCUGCCUCUACAUAUAUUGUUAUUUUGGUGGAGAAAAACAUAGUAUAUUCUACAUGAGAAUUAUUAUUAAAGAUAUUAACUGAGA